AUGGGUAGUGACUGCAGGGUUCUUUUGCCUAAGGCCGCUAUCGAUUCGGUGGCAAAGCUGGCCGACAACGGCGGACUUCCUCCUCCUAGGAGUCGUUUCGUGUGCUCAUUGAAACUCACGCGAGACACGACACGGAUAUGGAGCAGCGUCAAAUGGGUUAACUCUGGACAACACACCUCGUCGAAAAUACACACAAUCGCGUCAGGCACUGAAAUCAACCCGCUGGUUAGGCCUAGUAGCGCAUAUGACGAUUGCAAACUACUUCUGGCGAUAGAUGUGGAUUAG